AGCACAUGCAGGCUUUUACUAUCAACACCUUUCAGCUCUGUUAGCACAUUUCUUUACCAGCAAGCAUCGACUGCAACAAAAAAGAAGACAUUUUAAUUUUUGCGAGGAAAAAAGAAAAACAUUGUCAUGUCUUUUGAUACAAAACACAAGACUGAAGUGCGCCUGGUGUUUCUAGGAGCAGGAGGAGUAGGGAAGACAGCCCUCAUCCAGCGGUUCCUCAAAGACACCUUUGUGCUGAAGCACAGGCAAACAAUAGAGGAGCUCUACAGGAAGGAGUAUGAAGUGGGGGGAAUCAAAGUCACUAUCAGCAUUAUGGACACCAGUGGGAGCUACUCCUUCCCUGCCAUGCGCAAACUCUCCAUCCAGAACAGCGAUGCCUUUGCCCUGGUUUAUGCGGUGGAUGAUCCAGAUUCCCUGGAGGCUAUUAAGAGGCUGCGAGAGGAGAUUCUGGAAGUCAAGGAGGACAAAUAUACACCCAUUGUGGUGAUCGGUAACAAGAUAGACCAACACAAAGAGCGACGGGUCUCCAGUGAUGAUGUACUGUCCACGGUGGAAGUGGACUGGAACCAAAUCUUCCUGGAGUCCUCGGCCAAGGACAACGUCAAUGUGAUGGAGGCCUUCAGGGAGCUGCUGCAGCGGGCCAACCUGCCCACUCAACUUAGUCCAGUACUCUGCAGGAGACGUGAAACAUUCCCCAAGGAAAACAAAAAGCACCCCCCCAUGAACAAGAUCAGCAGCUGCCUCCUGUCAUAGAGAGAAAAACAUGCAAACCAGACCGGAACCGGAACAUUUAAAUUGAUGAAAGAAAAACAAACCAAGAGACAAUGUUUGACAAGAUAAUCGAAUGUUCCCUUCUGCUCCAUGCUCCAAGAUACUUCUGCUAAGACAAACAUGAUCAGAUGAAAACAAAGAUAAACUUAA